GUUUCUCUGCCCCCAGACCUGAGCCGUGGCCUACACAUCACUAAGGUGGACGUGCCGAGCCCCGUCGUGGUGGGGGAGGGCGGCUGGCUGGUGUGUGAGUUCGUCGAGGAGGGAGAGAGUGUCUACGCUCUCAAGUGGUACCUUGGCCUCGACGAAUUCUACCGCUGGACGCCCGCCGAGAGCCCCCCGGUGAAGACCUUCCCGGUGGAGGGUAACCCUCUCCGUGUGGACAAAAAUGCCUCAAAUCGGGGUCGAGUCAAAAUCCACGAUGUUAAACUUGGAGCCGCGGGCGUCUUCCGCUGUGAGGUGUCCGGUGAGGCACCCGCCUUCCACACCGAGUCAGCCGUGGCCUCCAUGAAAGUCGUCGACCUGCCUGACGAGAAGCCUCGCAUCAGCGGGGUGCAGGGCAGCUAUCAGAUGCAUGAAGACGUGAUCGUGAACUGCUCCUCGCCCCGCUCGCUGCCGCCCGCCACCCUCACCUUCUACGUCAACGAUGAGCAGGCCGAUCCGUCGUGGGUGAUGAAGUACCCAACCUACGAGGACCCGGAGACUGGCCUGGAGACAUCCGUACUUGGUUUGCGAUUCCCCCUGCGGCCGAGGCUGUUGCGGCGGGGCAUGGCUGAGGUUAAGUGCACCGCCUCCAUUCUCAACAAGUACUGGGAGAGCAGCGUGGCGUCCGUGUACGGGGACGUGCCCUACCACGCCUCCAUCAUGGAGGGGCGCGCCGCCACUGGCCAGGGGUGUUGGGCGGCAGCCUGCAGCACGGCCACGACAGGGGUGCUGUUGCUGCUCAUGGUUCUGCUGCUACGUUAAGUCUCCUCGCAUCCAAAGGAGUUGAUGGUGGAAGCAACACUUCGCUGUUCCCCGAGGGAGUGUGUCGGUUUAGUCGGUGGGAGGUUCUCCUCCACUAAUUUGUGUCGACACCGAAAAGUGUUAUGUAUGCUUAGGAGGGACAACUGUAUUACCUCGACCUGUGCGGCGUGCUGAGCGUGGCGAGAACGCUUGUUAUACAUAGUAGGGCAGUGCGACAGAUCGACAAGUAAUGAAUCUGCUCUCUGCUUCUAAUCUGGGUUUGCGAGACCGAAGGAAUCUACAUUUGAUAAAUACUGUGAUUUUCACAUAACAGAAAACAGAAACCAGACAGACAUCGGUCGCAGUGUUGUGUGUCACAUACCGAAAAUAUCCCCUAGUCAGGCUUACAGUGCAGCAGGAGCACCGCCGCCGCUGCGGGGCAGUAAGCUCACGAACGUUACCUUAAGGAUGCUCCGCAGAGACAAGACGCCCCUGUGAUGCUGUUCAGGUGCGGUGCGGAGGUGGUCCUCUGUGCUGGAAAAUUUAGCAUAAAUGUAUUGUCGCCGUAGGCUACUUUAUUUUCCUGAGGUUCGAAAGACAUCUGGAAGUCAGUGGAAAGGUGUAAACAGUGGGCUCUGAAAAGCGUAAGAGUACGCUCAGCAGCGGAGGGCAGCCUCAGUCACGGUGGAGGCGGCAACGACUGACGGUGAGACGGCGAACAAGGGGACACCGCGUCUGAACCGCCGCCUCGUUCAUCUCAUGAGUCAGCCAAACAAUCUGAAAAAGGUUUAGUUUUAAUAAGAUGUUAGUACAUUUGUAAGUUCAUUGGUUAGUCACGAUUUCUUUUAAAGAUUGUGUAACUAAAAACAAGAAUGUGUUAACCCAGUAAACGCAGUUUUUAGUAAAUCAAUAAAAUUAAGUACGGAGACAGACCAACGGGGGUGAACCCUCUUCCCUUCUGUGGGACUUGAAUAAAUGUAUCAGUAUCCUGGUGGCAGCAUUGUCCUACAGUAGGCCAUGGCGAGGACUGCGCCUCAAGUGCAUGCGCUCUUUUCCCACGCCAGGCGCCAGGCCUCUCAAACCCACAAGAGCACAAUGAAGUGCAAGAAGAAGGCGACGAGGCGUGAAGGCAGCGUGUGGCGCCCGUCGGAAUGAAGAGCCUGUACUGCUUGACCACCGGCGCCUUGCUAGUCAGGCUCGCGCCCCCAGCAGGUAGUCAACACAGCGGUAAGUCACGUGUGAUCCGUUUGCCGGAACAAUGUUGUAAGGGAUGUCGAUCUCACGUUCCGUUGGGGAUUAAAAGGUAGGGAAAAAAAUGGUUUUCCCUUUUUAAUUUUCAGUUUGUAGCGGACAUGAAUGUAUGAAAAUGAUGAAUGAACUGUGGUGGUUUUCGCUUCAAAAGGCCGACCUGUCCUGGUAUUGGAAAUGACACGCUUGUGUUUACUCGAAAAAUAAUUAAAAGCAGGAACAUGUUAAAGGGUGCUAGAUUCGGAACACUUUUUAUUUCAUGGGCAUUAUGAGUCAGCUGUGCGCGAGGCUUUGUGCUGGCGUGAUUAUUUUAUUUUGAGCCACACUGUGUGAAUGCUUCCGCCUCGUGUUUGAUCUUGGGUGGACGAAUCCAACUUAUAUUUAUUGAAAUGUUGGAGAACGUGCGUUAUACUUUGUGUGUGUGUGUGUGUGUGUGUGUGUGUGUGUGUGUGUGUGUUUCAGGCCAGUAUCCAGGUGGGGGCCUGAGUUGGGCAACAACCAACCCUUCCAUUUCCUUCGCCAUAGUCUUUGUGCAUUGCUGUCGUGGCCAUAAAACUGCGUCCCCUGAGAGCGGCAGCCACUGGGUUUCCUUUUCCAGCCUCUCCGUCAGUUCCCGGGCCGGCGUCAAGGGGCGGGUGGGUGUCAUGGGCCCAAGAGAGCACCACAUAAUCAAUAUAUUACUCUGAGUUUCAUAUUCAUAGACGUAAUUGCUUAAUUUAAUAAUCAGUUAGAUCCGCUGAAUAUUCGGUCAACUCUAUUUAAUAUUUUUUUACUCUAUCUGAUAAAAUCAGCUGCAUUUCUGCAACGCGUAAUUAACAUUAAGUGAAUAGGUUAUAACACCAAAGACUGUCACAUAAGCAUCAGGGUGAACACAAAUGCAUAAUUUAAUGUUGCAAAUGUGACGUGGUUCUGGCUUUAUUAGUUAAUGCAAUACCUUUUACUUUUUUUGCUUUCUAAAAUUUCUUUUUGCUCCAAAAUAAUAUUUUAUGAAAUUAUAUUCAGUCAAUAAAUAAUUUUCCCAUCCCGCCGCCGUCACCCUAGCAGUGAAAUUCUUGAAGCUCAUUUAACAGACAAGGAAAAACACCGCCAGCACCGGACCUCCGAGGCACCGCCCUCACCGCCAAGCUUCACGCUACCGCUUAGGCGCCACGUUGGCCACAUGAAAUCCCUAUUUGAUAUUGUUCUCCACCAUGCAGAGUGUUCUGGUCACACGAUGUGUGCUGCUAAGGCCACAGAGUGGCAACAGGAGCGCAUGGCAACGCCACCCAGGCCUCGAGUGGUUGCCACCAUGCUUGCGUCUCUUGUCAAGCAGCUGUGCCAUUGUUUUUUUAAUUGCUGAUGUGUUUCCAUUUUUAAAUUCGAGUCCAGUGAAGACAUUUUCUUGGAUAUACGUUUCAUGAUUUUGGAGGCAUUCAUCUGUGCGUUAAAAGAGCACGUUUUUAAUUAGCCAGCGUUUCGAGUUACUUUCCAGGUGUGAGGGGGACACGAAGUAUCCAGGUGCCAAUAUUCAGGUGCAGAUAUUCAAGUGAACUCUGUCUCGCGUGGAGUUACCUGCCUCACUGUCUGUAUCCGGCGGAGUUAAUUGAAGUUACCUUUGUUCUGUGUCAAGUUCGAAGGCUUAAGCUGUCAAUAUUGCGGCAGAUCCACCCUUGCCAACCCUGCCAGCCCUGCCGGUCCGAGGGGAGCUUUCGGAGGGGACGAAAUAUUGGCUUUGAAGCUGCAGCAAAACCGCUACUAUGGGACGGGUACAACACCCGGAUAUAAAUGGACUCAGGAGAAAAAAUAAUAUAGUCUCCUGCAUCAAUAUUUUCUUCACCUUCUAAUUGUGCAGCUUCCUUUCUAUAUUCCUGCGGGCCUGUCGCAGUGAGUGGGCGGCGAGCCAUAACCCUGGUGAGGGUUAUGGCCUCCCAGGGGCCUCCCUCACUAUACUGAGACAAACAAUAACAGCGGCUUUGUGAACGGAAUCAGACAAGGCAACCUCACUACUAUUUUUCGGUUUCUCUUCCCCACCCAUUUUGCCUCUCGCUCCCCAGCCCCUCCUAUACUCUUCCUCCAUCACUGCUCAAUCGAAAUGUUCAUUCUUUUGUUCGUUCAGGCGCGCUGAAAGUGAAGAAAAAGUGUACUCCAUGUUGUGUUUCAUAAUACUUAUUGAUUUUUUUAAUCCUUAGGCCAUAAUUCAUUUUUUGAAGAACAUUAUUUAUACUCGUAAUAAUUGGAGUCCUUAAUUCAGUAAUGAUUUAUGGAACUUUACGCGUAUAUUGGGAGACAAGGCAAAAAGUCAGUUUUCAGCACAAGUCUGCAAGCGGACAUAACAUGUCGAGUUAAUUCAUCACAGCUCAUUUAGAAAAUAUUACUGUUAUUUACGUCGAACGUUAGCCCAAGCCUUCCCUUUAGCGUCGCCCAGAUGGAGGUGGGCGGCACUGGGAGGGGAGGGUAUGGGAGAGGGAAGGGCUGGGCAGCACUUGAGCCGCUAACCAUCCAGUGUGUGUGUAUGUGUGUGGAACUUUUGCGGUUCUUGCGUCCACUGAUGUAUGAGCGGUUAGAUAGCUAUAUGUGUAUAUACUCGAGUGUGCAUACGUAUGUAAAGUUCAAUGGGCUGCCGACACCAAAAAACAAAUAUAACCUUGAAUAUAUGAGAAGAUAUAUAUAUACAUACUGGCUGUAGUCAUUACCUUAUGUUAAAUGCUCUUAUUUAGGAUGCCAGCUUAAAAAAAAAUAUCAUGUAAAUACUGUAUAUAUCUAUAUUUGUUUACGAACAAUAUUGUUGUGACUGUAAAUAAAUAACUGUACAUG